GCGGCCGAAGCUCGGCUGCGCUCCCGGCAUCCCGGCCCGGCGCCAGCGCUGCGGCGGAGCCCAUGGUGCUGAGCCUGCUGCUGUGGGCCUGCGAGCUGUGCCGCCUGGCCAUGGGCGCGCCGGGGGCCGCGUCGGGCUGGUGGGCGGAGGGGCUGGGCGGCGCCGACCUCCCGCCCGGGCUGGGCUCGGCCAUCCAGGCGGCGCUGGAGCGGAGCCUGCCCGAGCUGCACCAGGCCGUCUCGGCGGCCAAGCAAGCGGCCGGGCCGGCGGACCUGCAGGCGCGGCUGGGCGCCGUGCUGGCGCUGGUGGAGGAGGCGUGGGGGCUGCCGGCCGUGGGGCGCCAGGUGGCCAAGGGGCUCUGCCACGCGCUGCGCCUCGAGGGCGGCCUCGACCUCCUGCUCGACCUCCUCCGCGGCGCCCAGCCCGAGAGCCGGAAUCGCGCGGCGCAGCUGCUGGAACAGGUGCUGGUGGCCGAGAACAGGAACCGGGUGGCUCAGAUCGGCCUGGGGGUUGUGCUGAACCUGGCCAAGGAGCGGGAGAGCCUCCCUCUGGCCCGGAGCACCUCGGGCAUCCUGGAGCACAUGUUCAAGCACUCGGAGGAGACCUGCUUCCAGCUGAUCGCCAACGGAGGCCUGGAUGCCGUCCUCUUCUGGUGCCGCUGGAAUGACCCCGUGGUGCUUCGCCACUGCGCCGCCGCCUUGGCCAACUGCGCCAUGUACGGCGGGCCGGCCAACCAGCGGCGGAUGGUGGAGAAGAAGGCAGCUGAGUGGCUCUUCCCGCUGGCCUUCUCCAAGGAGGACAACCUGGUCCAGUUCCAGGCCUGCCUGGCCAUUGCCGUGCUGGCCACCAACAAGGAGAUCGAGAAGGAGGUGGAGAAGUCGGGCACACUGGCCCUGGUGGAGCCCUUCAUCGCCACCCUCGACCCGGGCCGCUUCACCCACAGCUGGCUGGGCAGCAGCGACAACAGCCAGGGCCGGACGGCGGACGACCUGCAGAGCCUGGUGCCCCUGCUGGACAGCUCCCGCCUGGAGGCCCAGUGCAUCGCCGCCUUCUACCUCUGCGUGGAGGCCGCCAUCAAAGCCCAGCAGAAGAAGACCGAGAUCUUUGCAGAGAUCGGGGCCAUCCAGAGUCUGAAAAGGAUCGUCUGUUACUCAGCCAAUGGCACCACCUCCGUGCUGGCCAAGCGGGCGCUGUGCACCAUGGGUGAGGAAGUGCCCCGGCGGCUCCUGCCCACAGUGCCCAACUGGAAGACCCCCGAGGUGCAGAAGUGGCUGCAGCAGAUUGGCUUCGUCAAGUACUGUCCCCGCUUCCUGGAGCACCAGGUGGACGGAGACCUGCUCCUGAGGCUGACGGAGGACGACUUGCUGACCGACCUGGCCAUGAGCUCCAGCAUCACCCGCAAGCGGUUCUUUCGGGAGCUGACGGAGCUGAAGACUUACGCCAACUACUCCACCUGCGACCGCAGCAACCUGGCUGACUGGCUGGCCAGUGUCGACCCCAAAUUCCGCCAGUACACCUACAACCUGGUCACCUGCGGCAUCGACCGGAACUUCCUCCACCGCGUCACGGAGCAGCAGCUGCAGGACGACUGCUGCAUCGGCCUGAGUUUCCACCGCGUCCGAAUCCUCUCUGCUGCCCGGGAGAUGCUUCACUCACCUCUGCCGUGCAACAGCCGGAAGUCUACCUUGGAGGGGACGGACGUCUUCAUCAGCUACCGGCGGCGCACCGGAUCUCAGCUGGCCAGCCUCCUGAAGGUCCACCUCCAGCUGCAUGGAUUCAGCGUUUUCCUUGACGUGGAGAAAUUGGAGGCCGGGAAAUUUGAGGACAAGCUGGUCCAGAGUCUGAUGAGUGCCCGAAACUUCGUGCUGGUCCUCUCCGUCCAGGCCCUGGACCGCUGCAUGGGGGACGUGGCCUGCAAAGACUGGGUGCACAAGGAAAUAGCCACCGCCCUGAGCUGCAAGAAGAACAUCAUCCCAGUGACUGACCACUUUGACUGGCCAGACCCGGAAGACCUUCCGGAGGACAUGAGGGCCAUCCUGAAGUUCAACGGGAUCAAGUGGUCCCACGAGUACCAGGAGGCCACCAUCGAGAAGCUGAUCCGGUUCCUGCAGGGACGCUCCUCCCAGGACUCCUCCGCCGGGUCGGACAACAGCCUGGAGUGCGGGGGCCCCCUGGAGCAGAGCUAGGACGGACGGACGGAGGGGGGGGGCUGCCUGGCCUGCCUUUCCAUGCCCACCCCCACCCCCCUGGCUGCCUCAGGAUCAGCUCCUGCAUGGCUGCCUCUCCCUCCGGGCCCUCCAUAGCAGAGGCUGAAGUGAGCGAAGGGACCCCAACAAACCCCCGGCCCCCACUGGGCUUCCAAGAAGGCAAGUAGUGGAUAGUGGAUUCUGCCCUCAAUACUGGAUCUCCCCAGGGGGCUUUGGGGCAGGGGUGGGGAUCUGGGCCACGCCCAGGGGGAAUCGUCCAGGCAUUGGCUGCCAUGAAUGGGGGCCUUGUGAAGCUUGUAGGGACGGGCCCCUCCCUCUGUGGAGAGUCUCAAUUCUCCAGGCCACGCUUGUCCCAAAGGGGCUUUUUCCCCCCAAAAGCAGCUGGACUUUCUUGGGGUGUUUUCCUUGAAAACAUUUCAUUUCUCAUCCAAGAAGCUCCUUCAGUACUUGAGAGUUUCCCCCUCCCUCCCUCUUUUUCUCUCCUUCAGCUUCUUGGAUGAGAAGCGAAGAGUUUUUAAAGGAAAACAGCCCAAGGAAGUCCAGUUGCCUUUUGGAAAAAGCCCCUUUGGGAUGUUUCUCCCCCCCCAUCAGCAGCAAAGCAGGCCUUGCUGGUUCCUCUCCUGCAGGAGGUCCUGGCCCAGCCCUCCCCCCUGCCAGUUUGUGCCCCCCCCAGUGCUGCCUUGCUCCCGUUUGCAAGGGCUCCCCACUGCUCAGGACCCCACAGCAGCCUUUUCCUGCUCCAGCCCAGCAAGAGGCUGGACAUCCCCAGCUGGAGCCUCCCACAGGUUGAGGAGAUGCCCCUCCUCUGGAAGCAACCCCAUGGGGCCCAGCCAGGGAGGUGGCUGGUGCUGCCCCCGCCCCUCUUGGCCUAAUCCUAUCCUGGGGGUGCCACGUGGGGCCCCUGAAAUGGAGGUUCAGGCUUCAGCGAGACUCGUCCAUGGCUGGUGGGCGCUUAGUGGGUCUGCAGAUGGAAAGACGGCCUGGGAGCCCAGAAGGGGACGAAGGAAGGCCUCGCCCCUCCCCGCCAUGCCUCCUUCCCACAGCAGCCGCCUGUGCUCCCCCAAACUGGGAGCAGGGGUUUUGCAGCCCCCAGAGGGGAUGGCAGCCCCACGUUUCUUCGGUUGAGAUGCUCCGAGGUGGCCUCUGUGCCAUGGCCGGCUUCCUUAGAGUGAAAAGCCCCCCACCCAAUUCCUGCUGCUUUGGCUGAAAUAGAGACUCGAGGGGCCACUUGGGAGGGGGGAGGCUGAACCCUCAGAGCCCCGAUGCCCCCACCCAUGAUGCUGCUGCCUGUGCCUUCUGCGUCUCUGCUCCAACUGCCUUCUCCGAUCCCGCCAGGUGCGCAGAGAUCGACCCUCUUGAAAAUAGUAAUAUCACUUAGUCUUAUAUACCGCUUCAUAGUGCUUUCCAGCCCUCUCUAAGCGGUUUACAGAGUCAGCCUCUUGCCCUCAACAAUCUGGGUCCUCAUUUUACUGACCUCGGAAGGAUGGAAGGCUGAGUCAGCCUUGAGCCUGGUGAGAUUCAAUCUGCCAAACUGCUGGCAGCUGGUGAUCAGAAGUAGCCUGCAGGACUGCACUCUAACCACUGUGCCACCGCGGCUCAAGAUGUGCCUCACAGCCCAGGAUGCCUCAGAAAGUGGGUGCCAGGGAAGGCUGGCCCAGGGACUUGUGUUUGAGAAGGGGGGGCCUUGCCCAGGAUGGCUGGGUGCAGGGGAGGGGCUGCUCUGAUCUCUUCCUUAUACAGUGAAAGAAGAAGCUUGUAUAAAAACUUGCAAAAGGGAAUUCUUGCAAA